AUGGAGCGAAAGCCGAAGGGCUUCGGAUAUGUUGAAUUCGGCACGCUUGAUGGGCUCAAAAAAGCAUUGGAUCUUUCAGGCACUCAAUUUCAAGGAAGAAACAUUAGAGUCACUGUUGCUGACCCACCCAAGGACCGUCCUGAAGGCCGCGAAAUCAACGACUGGACUCGUAAAGGCCCGCUACCGGAUCUUCCCAACGCACGCCGUACCUCCGAGAGGGGUGGCGGCGGCUAUAGGGCGUUUGACGCCGGCUCGGACGCUGGAAGCGAGCGUGGAGAGCGCAGAAGACCGCCUCCUUUCGAGGGAGACGGCAAGGUCCGCGAUUUCGGAAAUUGGGAGCGGAAAGGGCCCCUCUCGCCGGUACCACCUACUGGAGGACCAAUGCGGGACGGUGGCCGGCUUCGAAGCCGUGACGGACCUCCCGUUGAGCGCCGAAACUCGCCCUCUUGGGGUGAAGGCCGCUCUCAGGACGGGUCGCGGCCUCCACGCCGUGAAUUCCAGGAAAGGCCGGCGUACGACCGGCAACCUACUGCACCCGAGCUUGACAACCAGUGGCGAUCACGCAUGAAGCCCGAUGCGCCAGCAAAAUCUCCGGGCGCCACGCCAGAGACUAGCACCCCUUCUUCACCGGCUGCAACGCCGGCGCCGCCUACUCAGCGACCGAGGCUCAAUCUCGCCAAGCGCACGGUUUCUGAAGCUCAGCCUGCAGCUGACUCUGGAAGCUCAGACUCCAAGGCGAGCCCGUUCGGUGCUGCAAAACCCAUCGACACUGCCGCUCGCGAGAAGGAGGUGGAGGAGAAAAGGCAGCUAGCCAUCCGACAAAAGAAGGAGGCCGACGAAAAGGCGCGCGAGGAGAGGCGCGCGAAAGAGGCCGCUGCCAAGGCCGAGAAAGCGAAUGCGUCUCAAGAGGGCAGCAAAGACGGCACCCAGGAGGAGUCAAAGGAGAACGGCGGAGGCUCUCCACCUGCUGAAAAGAACUAUGAAAUACUCCGUCGCAUGGAGAAGAGCGGCGAAGGGAACGUCGAAGAAGAACAGGCGGAGGACUCUGCCAACGGCGCUAUUGUCGACGAUCAAAGCGUCAAGCCAAAGGAGAUUGUUAGAGAUCCCAAGAAAGACCAGGGCACAUGGAGGCGCAAGCCGUCUGCACCUACCGCGAACGCCACGGGGACCGCUGAGGGUCUGGAAGAGGAAGGCUGGAGCACGGUCUCUUCCAAGCCAAAGAACAGCCGGAGGGGUGGCAGACACGGCGCUGUUGCUUCUUGA